AUUUUCUUACGCAUAUUUUUAUCCUCUUUUUCUUGCUUUCUUGUCUUGGUGUUCCGACAUGGGGGAAAAUGUUUUCCCGUUUUCUGCAUGCAAUGAUUUAAAUCUUGGAUGCUGAGUGUUGUUGCUCCGGCGACAUCCACUGAGAAAGAAAUAGCCCUACGUGCUUUGCGGACGCUCUUGAUAUUUUUUUUUUCCUCCUCCUCUCUCUCUUCCUCUUUUCUCUUCCCCCCGAAGCAGCUUCUUUACGAGCUCACUUUGUUAUAAAUCCCCACCUUUUGCUUAUUUUCAGCCUUUUUCCUCCUUCAUCAUGGCUUGUUUCGGUGUGAUUUUGGUUUUGGUGCUUUCCUCUGAUCUUGCAGUGUUUCUCUGGUGUUGGAGGCUGAACGUCUCCGAGGGCGCAAAAAUAACAGUUUUGAUUUUCAUCUUUGAGGAUUUUGCUUUUCUAAUAGCAGGCAUUGCUGCAGGACUAGGAUGACUGGGAAGACCCUGACCAGCAACGUGACCAACAAGAAUGACCCGCGCUCCCUCAACUCCCGCGUCUUCAUCGGCAACCUCAACACGGCCGUGGUGACCAAGGCCGACAUCGAGGCCAUCUUCGCCAAAUACGGCAAGAUAGUGGGCUGCUCCGUGCACAAGGGCUACGCCUUCGUUCAGUACGCCAGCGAGAGGAACGCCAGGGCCGCCGUGGCCGGGGAGAACGCCAGGGUCAUUGCAGGACAAUCACUAGAUAUCAACAUGGCAGGAGAGCCAAAACCAUACAGGCCUAAGAUGGGCUCCAAGAGGCCUCUGUCGUCCCUCUACAGUGGCUAUGAGUUUGACUAUGACUACUACAGAGACGACUUUUACAGCAGACUCUUUGAGUACCAUGGUCGCGUCGUGCCCCCGACCCGUGCUGUCAUCCCCAUCAAACGCUCGCGGCUAGUCGUCCCGUCCACACGCAGAGCCAAAUCCUCCUUUCCAGUCAGGGCCUGUUCUUCCUCCUCCUCCUCCUCUUCCUCCUCCCGAGCGCUCAAUGUCGGCUCUUCCAUCACAGUCCAUAAACUGAAGACAGACCAGCUCCUCACAAUCAAGAAGGAGCUGUCACAAAUCAAGACCAAGAUCGACUCACUGCUGGGAAGGCUGGAGAAGAUUGAGAGGCAACAUCGCUCUGACGGUGACAUGCAGAGGAAACAGGAGGAGGUGUGUGAGUGUCUCCAUGGAGACGCAGUAGACCACUCUGGCGGAGAGGAGGCGGAGGGGGCGGCAGAGGUGGAGGCGGGGGAGAUGACGGACGGCGGCGAAGACGAUUUUGAAGAUGAAGGCACCAGCGAUAUGAUAGAAAACCACAUAUCGGACAUUGACAACUGAGUGAGGGAAAUUAUGCAGAUGAAGCACCUUGUAAUGGAAACCACCUUUUCUGCAAAAAUAACUAAUUUUUACUGUCUUGGUUUUUUUUUUCUUCAUCUUUUUUCAAGUUGGAGGGAAAAGGAAGCCUCCAGAACAAGAAGCUGGGAGAACAGAUACCAGCAAAACCUUCUUGAUCAAGAAGGUGUCUUUGAAUUUAAAGGAAAGCGAAGACGGGAGUGGCUGUCGGCAGAGGAAGAGUUUUUCAAACUUAUUUUUUUGCUUGUUUGCCUCAUUAGAAACAUGACACUCCUGAUGUGUACUUUAUCAAAAUGCUGGUUAUGAAUAUUCUCCAGGCUACUGCAAGAUCAACUGCAGAGAGCAAUCAAUAUUUUCUCUUCAAGCUGAUCGCCUUUCUGAAAAAUAAGGACAAUAUAUUGUGUGCUUAAUAUAUUUUGGUCUGUAUUGUGCAUAUAAAUACGGUUACGUGGUCAAUCAGAUGAACCAUCAAACGCCCUCUUUUGUUGUGAAGUCUGUUCUGUUUCUGUGCGUUGAAAACUGUGACGAGCCACGACACUGGCAGAGAGCUAAAUAUGAAUGUAACACUUGAUAAUUAUGUGAUUUUGCUUUAUUCGUACAUUUUGUUGAAAUGUACACGGUAUGUAAUUUAUUCACACGGUCUGUGUUGUUUGUUACACAUGAUAUAAUGCAUUUUGAAUUAUGUUUACAUUCUGUUUAUGGUUAACAAAAGAUGACUAUUUUUUACUAUCAGCAUGUUAAAAAUGUGGCUAUUAUGGAUCAUUUGUAUUCAUUGCAUCUGUUGUACAGCUAUGGAUGAUAGCAGUUUUUGAAAUAAAACCUGUUCCUCCAAAAAAAAAAAAAAGAAGAAGAAAAGCA